ACCACCACUCUUAAAAAAAGCAAGUCACUCAGUAGUAAAUUGGUGUUAGAGCCGGGGCUAGACUCCAACUUCCAGGGUCAGGCUCUCAGCAGGGCCACCUCCUGCUAUCUCCCAGACUAGAUUAUAGGUUUCCAGAUAACUGGAAAGGAUAUCUUCUUACUUAAAUUCCAACCACCACGCUUGCUCUGGGUAUGGGCUACCUGUCGUCAUGCCCACCCGUGUGUCCCUUAAGAGCUGGGGCCGCAUCCCCACUCCAGCUGCGCGUGCAUGUGUACGCCCGGGAGCGCGCUGGGGGCUGCCCCGCCCCCCCUCCCCCGCGGGUAAACUCCAGGCAUCCAUCAGUCUGUUAAUUGCACUAAUUAGAGAUCGCGGAGGUGUUAAUUGGAAAACCCUGGUAUUGUGCCUGUUUGGGGAAGAAAACGUCAAUAAAAAUUAAUUGAUGAGUUGGCAGGGCGGGCGGCGCGGGUUCGCGGCGAGGCGCAGGGUGUCAUGGCAAAUGUUACGGCUCAGAUUAAGCGAUUGUUAAUUAAAAAGCGACGGUAAUUAAUACUUGCUACGCCAUAUGGGCCCGCGAAAAGGCACAAAAGGUUUCUCCGCGUGUGGGGCUCCCCUUCUCUUUUCUCCUUCCCCAAAAGCACCCCAGCCCGUGGGUCCCCCCUUUAGCCCCAGGGUAGGUGGCACUCGUCACUUCCGGCCAGGGAGGGGACCGGGCGGACUCCGGCAAGUUCCGAGGGCGUCCCUAGUUGCGCACCUCCCCGGCACAGGUUCUUUGAAGAGCCAGGAGCCUCAGGGGAAGUGGGAGCCCCCAGCGGCCCGCAGACUCCCCCAAAGCGGAAGAGGCGGCCGCGGGUUUGACCCAGCUUCCUUCCGACGGCAUCUGCAGGAGCCUCCGGGCCCGACUUAGGCUCCCAGGUGCGCUGACUCCCCCACGGGGAACGCUGAGGGAUGGCGGACUAGGUCCUGCCCAAGUACAAGACCUGAGCCUCAGACAAGUCCUGGAUCUGCCAGAAUAACUCGGCCUCCAGUGCUGUCUCCAUUUGCCCCCAACAUGUGUUACAGGGCACUGAUAAUCAAGGCCUCCUGGCAGCACCCCACCCCAUCCUGUCUCUAGCUGGCUGAGUGUCCCAGGCACCCAGAUCCUGCUCACCACAGUGAGUCUCGACACCCUGUGAAGAGGUGAGCAGGAGACAUGAGGCUGCUGGUGUGCUCGUCCUUGGACGGCAGGUGUCCCAGGGCAGAGUUCCCGCUAGAGCGACAUGAUGGUGGAAUCUGCCUCGGAGACAAUCAGGUCAGCUCCAUCCAGUCAGAAUGGCGUGGGCAGCCUCUCUGGGCAAGCUGAUGGCAGCGGCGGCGGCGGGGCCACAGGGACAACCGCAAGUGGCACGGGCAGGGACGUGACCACGGGCACAGACAGCAAUGGUGAGAUGAGCCCUGCGGAGCUACUACACUUCCAGCAGCAACAGGCUCUCCAGGUGGCCCGGCAGUUCCUGCUGCAGCAGGCCUCGGGCCUGAGCUCCCCAGGGAACAAUGACAGCAAACAGUCUGCCUCUGCUGUGCAGGUGCCCGUGUCAGUGGCCAUGAUGUCGCCGCAGAUGCUUACCCCGCAACAGAUGCAGCAGAUCCUGUCACCCCCACAGCUGCAGGCCUUGCUCCAGCAGCAGCAAGCCCUCAUGCUCCAGCAGCUGCAGGAGUACUACAAGAAGCAGCAGGAGCAGCUCCACCUGCAGCUCCUCACCCAGCAGCAGGCUGGGAAACCGCAGCCCAAAGAGGCGCUGGGGAACAAGCAGCUGGCCUUCCAGCAGCAGCUCCUGCAAAUGCAACAGUUGCAGCAGCAGCACCUGCUCAACCUGCAGAGGCAGGGGCUGGUCAGCCUGCAGCCCAGCCAAGCCUCGGGGCCCCUCCAGACCCUUCCGCAAGCCUCCCCUGUCUCUCCCACAGCAGCUGUCUGCCCAACAGACCUGCCCCAGUUGUGGAAGGGCGAGGGUGCCCCCGGGCAGCCUGCUGAGGACAGCGUCAAGCAGGAGGGGCUGGACCUCACUGGCACGGCCGCCACUGCUACCUCGUUCGCCGCCCCCCCCAAGGUCUCACCCUCCCUCUCCCACCAUACCCUGCCCAACGGACAGCCCACUGUGCUCACAUCUCGGAGAGACAGCUCUUCCCACGAGGAGACCCCUGGCUCCCACCCCCUGUAUGGACACGGAGAGUGCAAGUGGCCAGGCUGUGAGACCCUGUGUGAAGACCUGGGCCAGUUUAUCAAACACCUCAACACAGAGCACGCCCUGGAUGACCGGAGCACGGCCCAGUGUCGGGUACAGAUGCAGGUGGUGCAGCAGCUGGAGAUCCAGCUCGCCAAGGAGAGCGAGCGGCUGCAGGCCAUGAUGGCCCACCUGCACAUGCGGCCCUCGGAGCCCAAGCCCUUCAGCCAACCGCUGAACCCGGUCCCUGACUCCUCCUCAUUCUCCAAGGUGACCGUCUCUGCAGCAGACUCGUUCCCAGAUGGUCUUGUGCACCCCCCGACCUCGGCCGCAGCCCCUGUCACCCCCCUACGGCCCCCUGGCCUGGGCUCUGCCUCCCUGCAUGGUGGGGGCCCAGCCCGUCGGAGAAGCAGUGACAAGUUCUGCUCCCCCAUCUCCUCAGAGCUGGCCCAGAAUCAUGAGUUCUACAAGAACGCCGACGUCAGGCCCCCCUUCACCUACGCCUCCCUCAUCCGCCAGGCCAUCCUGGAAACCCCUGACAGGCAGCUGACCCUGAAUGAGAUCUAUAACUGGUUCACCAGGAUGUUCGCCUAUUUCCGCAGAAACACUGCCACCUGGAAGAAUGCCGUGCGCCACAACCUCAGCCUGCACAAGUGCUUCGUCCGUGUGGAGAACGUCAAGGGUGCCGUGUGGACUGUGGACGAGCGGGAAUAUCAGAAGCGGAGACCGCCAAAGAUGACAGGGAGCCCCACCCUGGUGAAGAACAUGAUCUCGGGCCUCAGCUAUGGAGCACUUAAUGCCAGCUACCAGGCCGCCCUGGCCGAGAGCAGCUUCCCCCUCCUCAACAGCCCCGGCAUGCUGAACCCUGGCUCCACCAGCAGCCUCCUGCCCCUCAGCCACGAUGACGUGGGCGCACCCCUGGAGCCUCUGUCCAGCAAUGGCAGCAGCAGCCCCCCUCGCCUCUCCCCACCCCAGUACAGCCACCAGGUGCAGGUGAAGGAGGAGCCAGCAGAGGCGGAGGAAGACAGGCAGCCCGGGCCUUCCCUGGGCGCCCCCAACCCCAGCGCCUCAGGGCCUCCGGAAGACAGGGACCUGGAGGAGGAGCUGCCGGGAGAAGAACUGUCCUAAGGGCAUGUAGGGACCCGAGGGGCUGGGGUGAGACCCUCCCAGAAUCCAGGCCCCACCUCCCCCCACUCCACAGCCCCUCCCGAGCCUCAAGGCACACGUCCAGGACUCAGAACGGGGGAGGCCCGGGCCAGCAGCUCCCAGUGUGACCUGACAAAAACACACAGGGGCAGGGGCGGUCCCCACCCCCAGGGAUACAACCCCUGGUCUGGGACCAGUAGAGGACACGGAGGGUUCAGACCCCUCCUCAGACCCUCCCCACAUCUGAAAUCGCCUACCCCCAACCACCAGCAGCAUCAGGGCCCUCCUCCCCCACCAGCUCUCCCCACAGGGCCCCUCAGCGCCAUGGAGACCCGCAGGCGGGGCUUAGCCACCCCUCUCAAACCCAGGGCCUCCUGGCACCUGGCUGUGGCCUCGUUUUCUGGCCAGAGGCCCCUGCUUACCUAAUUCCUUCUCCCUUCCACCUUCUUUUCCGUACUGUGAAGAAAGAACUCCACCCCUAGCUCCUACCUGCCCUGGCCUGGGUGGAGGAACUGCAGUUCCAGACCAUCCCAGAAGAAAUGGCCCCCUCCACUGCUGGGGUGGGACCAUCUGUAUGCCCUGUGGGGAUCUGUGCAAGCUGGCCCACCUGGCUCCAGCCCUGCCCCCAACCUGAGACAGAACCAGGCUGAGCCAGGCCUCUGCCCCGACCCCCACCCUCAUUUGCUGGGGGCUCCUCUAGCCACCCCAUAGUAAGAGGCCCAGUGCCCGUCUCACCCACAGAGGUCUGCCUGGUGCGCUCUGCAGGUGGAGCCAAGCUCCCCCUGAGGCCACAGGCGGGGCCUGGGCCAUUGGGAGCCCAGGGGGAGGCCAGGCUGGACCCCAGCUUCACACCCACAUCCAGCUUGCAGGCCCCUCUGCAGUCCUCCCACCUCCCUCAGCUCCCCUUCCUCUGCAUUCUCCCUCACCCUCCCUUGGCUCCCUUUCCCUGCACCCCCCUCUCCCCCCAAGUUAAACGGAUGACCAAAGACCUUUCUUAUGCCGGAAGCAAAAACCAAAACUUUUUGUUGGCUUUUUCCUUUGUCACCUCCCCAGCACCUGCCCUCCCAGUCUCCCGCCCUGGCCCCAGGCUGGAAGCCCUCCCUCCACUUAAGUUAUUGUUUUAAACCAAAGUUUACAGUGUCUGUUGGUGGCCAAGACCCUCUCCCUCCACCCCUCUUCCACCCAUCCGGAGGGCCCUGGGGCUCAGUGGAGGCUGGAGCCCUGCUCCCCUCCCCUCUACUCCUGCCCAGCCUGGGGGAAGGAGAAGGAGGAGAGGAGGUGGGCUCUCACACCCUCAGGAGUGGGCACAGGAGCCCUCCUCCCUGCCCCUGGGCUGCUUCCUGGGGGCUCUCCAGACCCCUCUCUAGGACCAAGUCACCCGUCGUGCUGGGAGUGUGGAUUCCAGCAAAAGAGCUGGAAAAAAAGUGAGACUCUCCACAGACCCCCUAUGGGGGACCCCAACUCAAGGCCAAGGACUGGGUGUGUCGGAUGCUCAUAACACCCCUGGCCUGGCCCCUUUGCUGAGAAGACUCCUUGGAUAUUUCCCAAGAAUCCCCCACAUGCACCCCUCACAAGCCACCCCUCCUGAGAGGCAGGGGGCCCUCUGCCCCCUACCCGUGUAUUCCCCACCUGUGUUCCGUUUGACCAGCACAGAAAUAUUAAACGUCCUCUAUUCACCUGG